CCCUCCCCGGCCCCCAGUUAUUCCGUGAGCUGGGUUCCACCACUCGGCUCGCGGAGUCCGCCGCAGCCGCCUUCCGCUUCGGUGCGGAUCCGGGAGAUGCGGCGGCGCGGCUGGAGCGGCUGGGGGAGCGGCUGGCUAGGGCGGAGGCGGCACUGCAGUCCCACCGCGCCUCCUUCUCCCGCCGAGUGCCCCAGCUGGUGCCGCUCACCUGGGUGGGACCUGCCAGCGAGGUACGGCUCAUGGGCGACUUUGACGGCUGGACGCGCGGCUGUUCGCUGAGCGCGGAGGACUCCUCCGCCGGAGCUGCCCCCGCCUCUGCCUCCUUGUCUGCGGCCUCCGCCCCUGCGGCCCCAGCAUUCUACUCCCACGCCCUCUCCGGCUCCGGUUCCUCGCCAGCAUCCGCACCACCACCCAGCUCCAUGCCGGCAGCGGCAGCAGCGGCAGUGGCGGUAGGAACGGUACCAUCAGCACCACCACCAUCACCACAGCAGCAACAGCCCUCACGUAAUAAUCCCACCACCACCACCACCUCCUCUUCCUCCUCCUCCUCCUCACCGCCACCACCUCCGUCACCCUUCUCAUCCGCCGCCUCUUCGUCGCCGGCAACUGCGUUACCACCACUUCCGCCCUCCUCCUCCUCCUCAGCCUCCGCAUCCCAGCUCCACUCCUCCCCAUCCACCUCCACCGCCACACUCGACCCAAGCCGCAACCACACCACCACCACCACCAGUGCCCCCGCAGGCGCCCCUCCUACGGCCACCACCGCCACCACCACCACCACCACUGCUGCUGCCAGCCCUAGUAGUAACAAGGCCACCUCGCCGCCAAGCACCCAGCCUGACGCCCGCACGGGGCAUGCGGCCACGAACGGUGCGGUCACGACGGUCAAGGCGGCGGAGGGCGCCCUUUCAAAUGCGCAGGCGCAAUUGCAAGCGCAGGCGGAGGCUUCCGACGGCGUGUUACGGCGGUUCGUGGGUCGCGUUGCGCUGCUGCCGGGGCGCUACGCCGUCAAGUUCCUGGUGGAUGGGCAGUGGCGGCUGGCGGCGGAGUGGCCCAUGGAGCAGAAUGAGCUGGGUGAAACCAACAACGUCCUCAUCGUGCAGUGAUGCAGCCGCCCGCCUGGACCUAUCCUAGGGGAGAGGCGCGCACAGAGGAAAUGCCUUCCUCGACUCGCCUUGUUUGGCACGGUUUACAAACAGCAGCA